AUGGCAUCAGGUGGAACAGAAGCUUUCCCAGAUUUGGGUAAACACUGCCAACUUCUCGAUUGCCACCAGCUCGAUUUCCUUCCUUUCACCUGUGAUGGAUGCAAACAGGUUUUCUGUGUAGAACACAGAUCAUACAGGUCUCAUGAGUGUCCCAAACCCGACCACAACAGCCGAAGAGUAGUUGUUUGCGAAGAAUGUUCCAUGUCAAUGGAGAUCACAGACAAUGUUGGAGAAAAUGAAGAGGCGGUCCUAAAGAAACACCGUAGUUCAGGGAAGUGUGAUCCUACCAAGAAGAAGAAACCGAUUUGUCCCGUGAAGCGUUGCAAGGAGAUUUUGACGUUUUCGAACACGAGUACAUGUAAAACUUGCAACAUUAAGGUGUGUCUCAAACAUCGGUUUUCUGCUGAUCAUGCUUGUAGAAGAGGAGAUUCGGCUUCUUCUUUAACUAGUGGUGCUGGUAACGGAAGUUGGAAGAAUAGGUUUAUGGCUGCUUUAGCUUCAAGAAGUAAUGGUCAAGAUUGUGGCAAAAAAGCUGGAUCUCGUUCUACUACUAAUUCUCCUCCUAGUACUCCUUCUGUUAAAGCUUAUUGA